GGAGGAUUAUCUGAAUUAUCCUUCGUUGCAAAACAUGAAGACAAUUUGUUUAAGGAUUUAUUUCAAGACUAUGAAAGAUUGGUUCAUCCCGUGGAAUACCUGAAUGACAAAAUAAAAAUCAAGUUUGGCCUUGCAAUAUUUCAAUUAGUAGAUGUGGAUGGGAAAAAUCAGUUAAUGACAACACAUGUCUGGUUGAAACAGGAAUGGAGAGAUAUAAAAUUAAGAUGGAACCCUGAUGACUACGGUGGAAUGAAAGUUAUUUGUGUCCCUUCAGUCUCCCUCUGCACCCCAGACAUCGGUUUGUUUGAUAAUGCAGAUAGACGUUUUGAAGGGGCCAGUACAAAAGCAGUCCUCAGAUACAAUGGCACUGUCACCUGGAUACAGCCGGCAAACUACAAAAGAUCCCGUAUCAUCGAUGUCACAUUUUUCCCAUUUGAUCUCCAAAACUGUUCCUUGAAAUUUGGCUCUUGGAUGUUUGAUGGAUCUCAGGUUGAUAUAAUCCUAGAGGACCAAGAUGUAGACAAGACAGAUUUUUCUGCGAAUGGAAAAUGGGAGAUUGUGAGUGCAGCGGGGAGCAAAGGUAACAUGACCAGCUGCUACUGGUGCCCUUAUGUCACUUACUCCUUUGUAAUUAAGCGACUACCUCUCUUAUAUACCUUGUUCCUUAUUAUACCCUGUAUCAGGCUCUCAUUCCUGAUGGUAGUUGUCUUCUAUCUUUCUUCCAAUGAAGGUGAAAAGAUUAGUCUGUGCACUUCUGUCCUUGUCUCUCUGACUGUCUUUCUUCUGGUUAUUGAAGAGAUCAUACCCUCAUCUUCCAGAGUUAUACCUCUGAUUGGACAGUACCUGGUGUUUACCAUGAUUUUUGUGACCCUAUCAAUUAUGGUGACUGUCUUCACCAUCAAUAUUCACUAUUGUUCUUCUUCAACACACAAUGCUUUGGCACCCUGGGUCCACAAGAUAUUUCUUCACAAGCUUCCCAAACUGCUUUGCAUGAGUUUUCACAGGUAUUUCAGUCAAAGAGGGGAAACCGAGAAUGGUAGUGAAGCAAAAUCUUCUAGAAACACAUUGGAAGCUGCUCUUGAUUCUAUUUGCUACAUUACAAGACAUGUCAUGAAGGAGAAUGAUGUCCGUGAGGUUGUUGAAGAUUGGAAAUUCAUAGUCCAGGUUUUAGAUCAGAUGUUUUUGUGGACUUUUCUUAUGGUUUCAAUUGUUGGAUCUCUUGGGCUUUUUGUUCCUGUUAUUUAUGAAUGGGCAAAUAUAAUUGUACCAGUUCACAUUGGAAAUACAAAUAAGUGA